GUGCCCAUGGUUGCAGAAAUGAUAAUGUUAGAUAAGGUUAAAAUUACUUGCAAUGCCCAUAUUACAGGUAGCUAUCGUUCUCGCUCUCAUCGGCAUGUCUCUCGCUCACCCAGCUCCAUCCGGCUUGGGUGGUUUAGCCUAUUCACCUCUGCUGUUGCCAUCCGCCGUAGAGUAUAGAUCCAGCGUUAUCAACCAUGGAGUGACCCUCCCACGUGUAACCCCUAUCAUUAAGCCCAUCAUCCUAACCCCUAUUAAACCUAUCAUAGAGCCCAUCAUUAAAACCCAAAUCAUUACACCUGUCAUCAAAUCCUAUUGGGGCGGAUUGGGAUAUGGCUUACACUAAAACAUAAGGUUGAAAUUCUUGCUUUCGAC